UCCACCCCAAAGCGUAUCCACCGGGAGGAGAAGCCCAGGCGGGUAAGGAGCGAGCGCUUGCGCCCGGGAAGCCCCGUCCGGGGGCCAUGGGGGAACAGCUGAGGCUGCCGCCGGGAGAACCCUGCCGAGAAGGCUACGUGCUGUCUCUGGUCUGUCCUAACUCCUCCCAGGCUUGGUGUGAGAUCACAAAUGUGUCACAGCCGUUGGCUUCUCCUGUCCUCUACAGGGACCUGAAUUCCAGCAUAACCAACUUGAGCAUUUCUGCAAAUGUAGAAAACAAAUGCAAUCUUUAUGUGGGCCUGGUACUGGCAGUGAGUUCCAGUGUUUUUAUUGGCUCCAGCUUCGUAUUGAAAAAGAAGGGCCUCUUGCAACUGGCCAACAAGGGUGUUACUAGAGCUGGACGAGGUGGGCAUUCUUACCUCAAAGAAUGGCUCUGGUGGGCAGGAUUACUCUCAAUGGGAGCGGGGGAGGCUGCGAAUUUUGCAGCCUAUGCUUUUGCACCUGCCACCUUGGUCACCCCACUAGGCGCUCUGAGCGUUCUCAUAAGUGCAAUAUUGUCUUCCUAUUUUUUAAAUGAGCGCUUGAACAUUCAUGGAAAAAUAGGCUGCAUAUUAAGUAUAUUGGGGUCAACUGUGAUGGUUAUCCACGCUCCGCAAGAAGAGGAAGUCACAUCUUUGCACGAAAUGGAAAUGAAAUUGAGAGACCCAGGAUUUAUUUCCUUUGCUGUGAUCAUAACUGUGAUCUCUUUGGUGCUGAUUUUGAUCGUGGCUCCCAAGAAAGGACAGACCAAUAUAUUGGUUUACAUUUCAAUCUGUUCAUUGAUUGGGGCAUUUUCAGUUUCCUCUGUCAAGGGCCUGGGAAUUGCCAUUAAGGAACUAUUGGAAUGGAAGCCAGUUUACAAGCAUCCCCUGGUCUUUGUUUUGCUGGCUGUACUUGUGCUUUCAGUGACAACACAGAUUAACUAUCUCAACAAGGCCCUGGACACCUUUAAUACAUCGCUUGUGACUCCCAUUUAUUAUGUGUUCUUCACGUCCAUGGUAGUGACUUGCUCCGCCAUCUUAUUCCAAGAAUGGUAUGGUAUGAAAGCUGGAGAUGUCAUUGGGACCUUGAGUGGGUUCUUCACCAUUAUCAAUGGCAUCUUCCUUCUACAUGCUUUUAAAAACACUGACAUUACCUGGAGUGAGCUGACAUCCACUAAGAAAGAAGUCUUCUCUCUGAAUGGCAGUGGAGACAAAUAUGUGUUACUAGAGAACAGAGAAUGUUCAGCCCCAGAAUACAAUGAUGACAUUACAUUGUUUAGCAGGACUGAUGAUUGAAGUAUCUAGAAACCCUGAACUUUAAUCACUAUGAGGCACUUGGAGAGGAGAAAAAUACCUGAUUCUUGGAUGAACUACUAAGAAAGCUGGCAUUUUUAAGUUCUAACUAAUAAUUUGGAUGUGAGGCCAAAUAAAAACACCUUCAUUUUUGGCCAUCAGCUUUGAAGAUCAAGGUUUUGAUCCUCCUCCAGAAGACUUCUGAUGCUUUUCAUUUCUGCAAACUUGAAAUAUUCCCUGUGCACGAAAGAAGUUAAAGAGUUAGAUGAGUCUCAGAUCAUCUCUUUCUUCUGGUCACAAUGUCUUUGGCUCUGCCAGACGGCUCUCCAUUUCUUUGGCUGCUCUUCCUAGUCUCACAGUAAUUCACAGGUGAACUUCACUGUGUGCUGAGAAGUCACCACUCUCUGAUGAGUCAUAGUUCCACAUCGUUAAAACUGAGCUGCGAGAUCACUGCUGCUCUUCCUCCCCCUCCACAACUUCCUUCUUCCUAAGCUAGAUAGCUAAAGAGGAGAGCGUGAAAGAAAAAAAUAGGCCUGCCUUGGAAAUCUGUUCUGUGGUGGGCUAGAAUGUACAAGACAGAAGUACCGAUGAAGGGCUUAUGAACUGUAAUUUAUUGACAUAUCAUAGAAUUUUAUUGCUAAUUAAAAAGAGGAGAAUGGAGGAGGGAGAAAAAUGUUUUAUAUUUUAGAUAAAUGAAACACAUCUCUUUUUUCUUUUCAGGAAAACAAAAAACAAACACAAAUGAUUAUGUUUGUGGGUUUUUUUUAACUCAGACCUGGACAAUAUAAGACAAAGUUGAGUUUCUGGAGAAGUCCAAGCAAAUUCAGCUUUCGAGUUACUUAUCUUCAUUUAGUUCCUUUCUUUUACUACUAUACCAAAGGUCAUUUUUUGUUGUUGUUGAUGUAGAGACUUUUGUAAAUAAUUGCUACAUUAUUUUAGGAUUAUAUGGUACACUUCCAUUUUUCUCAAAUGUUUAAUCCCCAAAAGGUGAGUUUUCCAUAGACUGUUUGGAAACAACUAGAAAAAUCUUUGUGAAAAACCUGAAUGGGUUGUCAUAAUUGUUCUCUUGAAAUUUGGCACUUUCACUCUUAUUAAGGAAAUUAUAAUUAGCUGCCAACCGUUUUAAAAAUGUAUAUAUCCUACCACAAUAUGUGGUAGAUUAUCUUUUUCUGUUAAAUUUCAUCUUGAUCAUGUUUUCCAUACAUUUUUUUUAGGUGUUUUGGGAGAAUAGAAAGGGAAGUUAACUUCUUAGAAAACAGAAUAUUCAGACCUCAAGGAUCACUACAGGAAAAUACAUUUUGCUUAUUAAAACUUACAUAAAAUUUUUCUGUCUCCAAGGACAUGGCAGGAAUAAUAUUUUUGGUGGUCUUUAAUGUUUAUGGACAGAUUUCUCCUCAUUAAUUUAAUGAAAAGACAUUAGCUAUCUGAUUUCUAGACCAACCUUACUUCUCUCAAAAUAAAACAGAAAUCCUAACCAGAAAGUUGCAUCAUUUAAAAAAAAGGAAGAAAAACCCUUCAGGGUGACUGGAUUUUCUGUUCAACAUCAAACGUUAUUAGUUUUGUUUGUAAUCUAGCUCAAGUCUAUCCAGGGUAGUAAUAAUUGUAAAUUCUAUUAUUCAGAAUUCUAUCAAGCUGACCUCAGCAUUUUUCCAGUUCUAUUGAACUGUGCCUGAUGUUCACAGUGAUGGCCUGAGGUUACUGCAUUAUAAUUUCUUCAGUGUAGGUUAGUAUUAAGUGCAAUUUAGUGCAUUCCAAAUUUUUGAAAAGUGAUAAUCCCUGGAAGAUACACAGGUUGGUACCUCAGGUCAAAUAUGUGUUUACUCUGUCGAUUGCUAUUUCACUUGAAUAGAAUAUCAGAUAUAUAAGCUAUGAACACAAGUUUGUAGGAAAAGUAUUUUCUGGAAAGGUAGUGUUUGGAAAUUGUAGAAAUUCUUUUAAAGUUUUUCUUUUUUCUAUUGAGAACUCUGUUGGUUUCUCUGGGACAUCUUCUUGGGGAAGAAAUUAAUGGCAUCCAACCUGAGGCUGUGGUAAUAGUUCUGCACGCUAGUGAAUUUUAGUGUCGGUUCUCAAAUGUCACCUGUUACAAAACUUUGCCUGUGGUAUAUUGCACCCAGGUGGAACAUUCUUGGAAUCCAAGAACCCAUGUGUACCCUGGAUUGAAAAAUGAACUGGUGUUGACACAUAUGCCCAGGAGAAAGGCUGAGAAAGAUUUAAUGAGUUGAAACACAUUGAGAAACAAUGAAAUAUUUGAAAAACUCUGAAAAUCUCUGGUGGGCAUAUGCAUUGAAAAACCAAACUGUUAUUGCAAAUCUAAAACUAAGAAUUAAUUUUUCCCAAAUAUGAAGAUAUUAUUUAAGGAAGUAUAAAAUGCUGGAUCCCUGUAUUCAGAUUAACUAUGUUAGUCUUAACUGGUAGUUUUGUAUAUGUAUAUAUUUUAAUAUUUAUACUUUAUUUGUGUCACAUAGAUAUCUUCUUAAGAUUUAUUAUGUAAAUAUCUGCACGUGUCAUUAAGGAUUACAAAGUUGUGCUCACACAGCCAAAUUGAAAACUUUUCCUAAUUCUGUAAACGUAAUACUUUCAUUUUAUUUUUUGACUUAUGAUUUUAUUCUUAGCUCAAUGGUUAAUGAUUUUUUAGUUCAGAUUGCAGAAAGUUCAUAAAACCCUUUAGAUUUAGCAGCAUGAAAUUAAAUUAACACCUAUGUUUUAAGAGUACUAAAUUAAAUACAUGGAAAACACCAUGUGUUAUGCCUCAUAUAUAAUAGGCAUUUAACAAAAUUUAGUUCUCUUUGAAUCAACAGUUUAAUUCCUAUGGAGUUAUUACUGGAUAGGUAAGGACCAUUGAUUGCCAGUUUUCAUACAUUCUUCAUCUUUUCUCAAUUUGUCUCACAUUAGCUCAUUUUAAAUAAUCCAAGUGAAAAUGAAUUCCAUCAUUAUACCUAUCGCAACAUCAAUACAAAAUGAUUCCAACAAAAAUAUUUUCUGUUUCUUACUUAAACCAGUAAAACUGAACUAAAUGUAAUCUUCACAUUCCAAGAAAACUUUGUGGAAAAGUAAUUUAUAUGAAUAUAUGUGAAAUGUUCUCCAAUAUUUUGAAUAAACUCUAUGGUUGUGAAAUUUUCUGUUUUUCAAAUGUUUGUGAAUAC